AUGUCUUCCCAAAGGCGAGUCGUUUACCUUCUGCCCCUGACGGACAGUGGCGCCCCAGAUGUCCUGCGGGAGUUUAUCGAGCUACCUCCACCCUCCGACCCGCCAUAUAUCCUCCGCUUCGUCACUGAUGGGAGCAGCCCCAUUUGCAACCGAGGGAGUCUAUGGGUUAAUAUCCCGAAGGAAGGGAAACGGUUUGAGAGAGAUGUAUUUACGGAGUAUAGAUUGACCCCUUCCUUAACCGAUGCAGCUAAAAUCGACAUACCCAUUACGGCUCCCGGAGCUUUCGCCUUUUACUCAACCUACAGCCCUCCCCCGUCGCUCUCAAUCAGCCCCUCUUCAAUCCCGCAGGAGAAGAAUCAAGACCAGGUCCGCUCCAAAACACACUACCUAACCAUCUCGCCCCGCGUAACCCUUAACAAUGUCAACCUCCCCUUAACAUCCCUUUCAAUAAUCACUGUCCUCUCAAAGUUCAUGGGUCAGUAUCCGGCAGACUGGGACAACCACCUAACCAGCAUCUCCCGGCGCGGUUAUAACAUGGUCCACUUCACCCCGCUGAUGGAACGUGGCGAGUCGAAUUCGCCGUACAGCAUAUUUGACCCGCUAACGUUUGACACGGCCCUUUUCCCCAAUGGCGAAGCUGAUGUAGCGGCGUUGGUCAAACGUAUGGAAGGCACCUAUAACCUGCUGGCAUUGACGGAUGUCGUGUGGAAUCACACGGCUAAUAAUGCUAGUUGGCUGCUGGAGCAUCCGGAGGCUGGUUAUAGUGUUGCCACGGCGCCAUGGUUGGAGGCGGCGUUGGAGCUUGAUACGGCAUUGACUCGCUAUUCCGAGCAACUAGGCGAGCUAGGGUUACCCGUAGAGUUUAAAACGGAGAAGGACGUGGUGGAAGUUGUACAUGGGAUGAAAGCGAAUGUUAUUGAUAAGAUACGGUUGUGGGAGUUUUAUGCCGUGGAUGUGAAGAGGGAUGUAGAGAAGACGAUUGAGUUGUAUCUGAGUGGCGACGAUCACAUCCCCAAGGGUGGAUUUGGGGUAGGCACUGUUGGCUCUUUGAAGGAGAUUAGGGAAUGGAGCUUAAAGGAAAAGGCACUUUUUAUUCGGGAGAAAGGGUUGAUGAAUAAAGAUCGGAUCCUGGGUCGGUACGGCCGGACUGUCGAUGCCACGGUGGGUGCGGCCUUGCUCCGGGCUCUGUAUGGCCGGUAUGACAAGGAUUCGUCGGAUGUUCCACGCAUUCGAGAAGCGCUCAAGAAAAUUCUGGACGAGGUCAAUCUCCCGCUAUUUUUGGAGUAUGAUAAGGACGUCCAGGAGAUCUUUGACCAAGUGUUUAAUCGUGUCAAGUACCAACGGCUCGAUGACAAUGGGCCUAAGCUGGGGCCAAUUACCAAAGGGAAUCCGCUCGUUGAAACAUAUUUCACUCACCUCCCAAUCAAUGAAGUUACGAAGAAACACUCUCCCAAUUCGCUGGCGCUGGUUAAUAACGGGUGGGUAUGGAACGCAAAUGCCAUGCGGGACAACGCGGGUCCAGACUCUCGUGCCUAUCUACGACGCGAGGUCAUUGUCUGGGGUGACUGUGUCAAGCUUCGCUAUGGCACAUGCCCAGAUGACAAUCCGUUCCUAUGGGAUUAUAUGGCCCGAUAUACACGACUGAUGGCGAAAUACUUCGCCGGCUUCCGUAUAGACAACUGCCACUCGACCCCUCUUGCUGUGGCGGAAUACCUCCUGGAUGAAGCUAGGCACGUUCGGCCGGAUCUCACGGUCUUCGCGGAAUUGUUUACUGGCUCAGAGGAGACGGACUAUCUCUUUGCGAAGCGGCUGGGCGUUGGCGCACUGAUUCGCGAGGCUAUGCAGGCGUGGAAUACGGCAGAGCUUAGCCGGCUUGUCCAUCGGCAUGGUGGGCGGCCUAUUGGGAGCUUUGAUAUCGAUCUGCCGACGGAUAAUUGCCCGCGAGAAGACUCUCCUGAAAGUGGCAGUAGAGAUGAAAUUGUCAAACAUAUCCGUGAGGCGUCUAUCCCGGCACUGUUUAUGGAUUGCACGCAUGACAAUGAGGUACCUGCGGAGAAGCGGCAGGCAAGGGAUACGUUGCCUAAUGGCGCGCUAGUCGCAAUGUGUGCGUCUGCGUCUGGGAGUGUUAUGGGCUAUGAUGAGAUCUAUCCGAAUCAUUUGGAUUUGGUGGCUGAGACACGUGUGUAUUCUUCCGGAUCCUCGGACAGGAAGGGGAAGGGAGAGGGGAAAGAAGGGCAAAGCGAUAUGUUGUCCGUUGUUGGGGAGGGGGGUAUUGGUGGAGCGAAGAAGUUGUUGAAUCAGCUACAUGCGAGGAUGGCUGUGGAUGGAUAUGACGAAACCCAUAUUCAUCAUGAGGGAGAGUAUAUUACCGUCCAUCGCGUGCAGCCGAAUACACGAAAGGGUGUUUUCCUCAUCGCCCAUACGGCGUUUCCGGGAGGCGGGGAUUCGGGUGUCACUCUGGGCCCUGUGCGGCUGGUGGGAACUAAGGCCAAGCUUCUUGGUGCAUGGAAGUUGGAGGUCGAUGAUUCAAAUGAGUCGAAAAAGUGUGUUCUCUCUGAUAAGAUGUAUCUCAGAGGCCUACCAAGUCGGGUUCUGAGCCUGGAUGGUGUGCAGGUUGAGGAGAUAGGGAAUGAGACGGAUAUUACGAUUCCGAGGGAAUUCCCCCCUGGUUCGAUUGCCUUGUUCGAGACGUGUAUCCCUGGUGCCGAUCUGUCGGAGAAUCUACGUGCUUUUAUCACCUCUGGUGCCGACGAAGCAUUUGGUAAUCUUGACCUUAUCGAUCUUAACUUUGUCCUUUACAGGUGUGAUGUGGAGGAAAGGGAUUCCAGCAGCGGCAAAGAUGGCGUUUAUAACAUCCCCAACUUCUCUCCGCUUGACUAUGCUGGUUUGCAGGGGUGGUGGAGCGUGCUUGAACCUAUUGUCAAAUCGGAUGACCUCGGCCACCCGCUAUGCGAUCAUAUUCGCAGCGGCCAGUGGGCGUUUGAUUAUAUAGUUGGACGCAUGAAUAACGCAGUGACGGCAUAUGGGUAUGACCGUCUUCGGGCUCCCGCAACAUGGCUACAAGAACGCUUCGAUGCGAUUCGUGGUGUUCCAAAUUUCCUCCUACCGAGAUAUUUUGCUAUGAUUGUCCAAACGGCCUAUUACGCCUCAUGGAGACGUGGCAUCCAUUUAUUUAGCAACGUCAGGCAUGGCACGGAAUUCAUCCACUCGCUCGCAAUGGUUUCCACCCAGAUGGUCGGCUAUGUGAAAUCAGCCUCCCUGUUUCCCACCAAACAGGUUCCUUCUCUCGCCGCCGGUUUACCACAUUUCGCUACCGAUUGGGCGCGGUGCUGGGGGCGUGACGUUUUCAUCUCCCUUCGUGGUCUCCUACUUGUCACCGGCCGAUUCGACGUCGCGAAAGAACACAUCCUCGCCUUCGCGAGCGUGCUUAAGCAUGGCAUGAUCCCCAAUCUACUCGGGAGCGGUAAAUUAUCCCGCUAUAACUCGCGUGACUCUGUCUGGUUCUUCCUCCAGGCUAUCCAGGACUAUACCACCAUCGUUCCCGAUGGGAUUUCGUUGCUGGAUGAGAAAGUGUCCCGUCGUUUCUUGCCGUAUGAUGAUACUUGGUUCCCCUUUGAUGAUGAAAGGGCUCAUAGCCAGUUCUCGACCAUUGCGGAGAUUAUCCAGGAGGUAUUCCAGCGACAUGCAUCCGGUAUGUCGUUUCGGGAGUAUAAUGCCGGCCCGGAGUUGGAUAGGCAGAUGAGACCUGAAGGGUUCCAGAUUGAUAUUCAUGUCGACUGGAAUACGGGAUUUAUUUUUGGUGGCAAUCAGUGGAACUGUGGGACGUGGAUGGAUAAGAUGGGCGAGAGCGAGAGGGCUGAGAACAAAGGGUAUCCGGGGACACCAAGGGAUGGUGCUGCGGUUGAGAUUACGGGGCUUCUAUACAGUGCACUACGGUGGGUGGAAAAGCUACACCGUGAGGGGCGGUAUAUGCAUGACGGCGUUAAAAUUAGCUCGAGCUCUACUGCGACGACGGAGACAAUAACCUUCUCAGACUGGGCUGGCCGUAUCUACGAAAAUUUCAACCGUGCAUACUACAUUCCCCUCCACCCAGCAGACGAUUCAGAGCACGAUAUCGACCCAUCCAUUGUCCACCGUCGUGGCAUCUACAAGGACCUCUACAAAUCCUCCAGCCCCUACCAGGACUACCAACUCCGUCCCAACUUUACCGUCGCCAUGGUCGUCGCUCCAAGUCUUUUCCCACUGGAGAAUGCCAUACACGCACUCACCACUGCGGACACUGUCCUCCGGGGUAAAGUUGGGAUGGCUACGCUCGACCCCGCUGAUCUGAAUUAUCGCCCGUAUUAUAACAAUGCGGAGGAUUCGACGGAUUUUGCCACGGCGAAGGGGAGGAAUUAUCACCAGGGGCCCGAGUGGGUGUGGCCAUUGGGUUAUUUCUUAAGGGCGCUAUUGAGGUUUAAGAUCUUGGGCCAGAGGUCUAGCGAUGGAGAGGGUGGGGAGAAGGGGAAGGGUAGGGAGAUGGAAGAGACGUUUCAGCUUGUGUCGAGUAGGUUGGAAGGGUGUAAGAGAAUGAUUGUUGAGAGUGGAUGGAAGGGGUUGACUGAGCUGACGCAUGGGGGUGGGGGGUUUUGUGCGGAUUCGUGUCCGACCCAAGCGUGGUCUUCGGCGUGCUUAUUGGAUCUUUAUUAUGAUGCAACACAGUAUCAGAAAGGAACGGGAUUUGACGACGAAGGAUGA